UAUACAUUAGUAGUAGUAGUAUACAAACUACAAAGACCAUACUGUUCCCAAAUGACAGAGAGCUUUAGGGCCCUGGGGAAGCCGUCCUAAAUAAUUCAAGCCUCCUCCAGUACUGAAAUUACAAGAGAGGGGAAGCGAGGUUCACCUCCUGCAGCACAUACACUAUAGUACCAUCGCACUGAAGGAAAGCGCUCUUCGACGAUAGCUCUUUAAAUGAUUUUAUAACUCCGCAAAGUAAACGCAGGUGGCAUUAUUUUCAAUUAUUCAAGAGCAAUCAAACUAACAAACGAUAACAAAUAUUUCUGAAGACGUUUGCUGUAUAGGUAGUGAUGGGAGCGUUUCAUUCUAGACCCGAUGACAUACGCCACCUCGCCGACAAGACGGGCUUCUCGGUGGAGCAAGUGGAGAUUCUGCACAGAAGAUUUAAGCAGCUGAGCAGGGACGAGGACACUCUCCAACGAGAGCACCUUUACGGCAUACCUGAUCUGGAGUGCAACCCCAUCCGAACCCAAAUCGUCGCUGCUUUCUUUGACAAACGGAACUUCGAUAAGGAUUCCCCGCAGGGCACUGUGCAGGAGAUCGGCUUCGAGCAGUUCCUGACCGUCAUGUCACACUUCAGACCGCUGAAGCUCCGCAUGACCGAGGAACAGAGGGAGCAACUGAGACUGGAGAAACUGCAGUUCCUCUUUAACAUGUACGACUUGGACAACGACGGAAAGAUCAGCCUGGAAGAAUACAGACACGUUGUUUAUGAGCUCUUGUCCCAAAACCCCCAAAUAGGAAAUGAAUCUGCAGCCAUUGCAGACGCUGCUAUGUUAGAAGCUGCAACAAUCUGCAUGGGACAAAUGGAGCCAGACCAAGUCUAUGAAGGAAUUACCUUUCAGGACUUUCUAAAGAUGUGGACUGGCAUCGACAUUGAGACCAAGAUGCACGUUCGCUUUUUAAAAAUGGACAACACCACCCUGUGCAAAUGAUGAACACAAUGAACCUUCAGGUUUUAAAUUGGAAGUGCAUUGGGAGUAAUCUACAGGGACAUGAAUGUGUCUGUCUGCUUUUUUUCUUGAAGACUAUGGGCUGAUGGUGUUGGUCAAGGGUACAGCAGGUUUCCUUAGGUUCUUAAUGUAAUGGGUCAUUGCUGUUGAAUUACAUGUUUAUAUUUGUACUGGACUGCAGGUCAAACCAAAGCCUGUCAAACUCAGUAGGGGCGCUGUCUCCCUCAGGUAACCGCAGGCUUUGAUAAGCUUUCUACUUACAAUUAGCACACUGCCACACAGGCUUUUCCUGCACAGUACUCUCCUUUGUGAAAAAUCUCAGUCUGCAUCAACAAGUUCUUUUUGUCUGGAGCGAAUCCAACAAACGCUUUUGAGAGCUGCGGCAUGGAAUUCCUUGCAAGGUUGGGAAAGGGCACACAAAGCACUUCAAAGAGAGAUUCUGGGAAGAAGUGAACCAUAUGCGAGUAGAAACAGCCGAGUGUUCUCCCACCCCUCCACUCCAAUAAUACCUUGUUCCCACGCUACGCAUUCAGUAGAACUGUGUCAAAAGCAUUACUUGGUGGCCUCUUGGACAUGGAUUAACCGUGUAGCUCCCCGAAGUAGGACGACAGUUUAAAAUCCGAUGCUAUGAACAUCUCUUCCCACAGAUGCAAUGUAAUUGAAAAUGUCGACAGGACAAGAUAACUUGCCUGUUCUGAUUUAUCACUACUCCUCUGAAUUGCCAGAGACCCACUGAAAAUGUUUGCAGUAAAGUGACUACAUCUCUUCUCUUACUUCUUGUAGCUGUCAGUCGGCUUAGUCCCUAGGCGACACUGACCUCUAGUGGCACAAUACAAGAACAGGAACUGCCAUUGGGUAACUUUUUUGCUUUCGGUUUACACUUUUCCCUUGCUAUAAGGAAAUCAGCUUGCUUUCCACUGAUCAAACCUUACAGGACUUGUUUUCUGACACUGUCAAUGUUUAUUUUAACACUCUUUAAUAUCUAAUUGUAUUUAUUUUUUUUAUUUGAAUGUACAGAAUCAACUGACAUAGAUACAUACAUACAUACAUACCUACAUACAUACAUACAUACAUAAUCAUAGUUAGGGCCCUGCGUUUUCCGCUUGUUUACUUGAACCUGUAAUUUAGUCCUACAGCCCCAAGAUGUCGCUAUAACCUCCACAGUAAUCCACGUAAUGAGCAAUCAUCACUUUAACCAUUUGAAUUGCUAAUCCCAUUACUACAAAGUACGUAUUAUCAGAUUAAUACACAGAACGCUGUAGAUGGCUACUUUAUUAUUAUUUAUUUCUUAGCAGACGCCCUUAUCCAGGGCGACUUACAAUUGUUACAAGAUUUCACAUUAUACAGAUAUCACAUUAUUUUUACAUACAAUUACCCAUUUAUACAGUUGGGCUUUUACUGGAGCAAUCUAGGUAAAGUACCUUGCUCAAGGGUACAACAGCAGUUUCCCCCACUGGGGAUUGAACCCACAACCCUCCGGUCAAGAGUCCAGAGCCCUAACCACUACUCCACACUGCUGCCCUACUGACAUUUAUUGAACCCUUACAUCCCUGUGAAUACGCAGAACAGCAAUUUAAAAAGCCGUUUUUUCUAUAUUAGUUCUAGGUUUUAAUUUACCAGUACACUUUUACGCAAAUCACUACGUAAAAAAAUGAUUUAAUUUUUUUUGGGAUAUCUGGAUCUCACAGGCACAAAUAUAUAUUUCAUCAACAGAAGAGAGAAGAUACUGUUUUUUGUUUGUUUUUUAAUAGAUUUCCCAUUUCUAGCACUGAUCCCUAAACAUUAGAGGUAUUAUAACCAUUUACUGGAAUCUGGGCAUUUGAUUGAUUAUGUAACAAAUGUAAGCUGUGUUUAUUUA